GCUUUAGCUACCCUGCUAGCAAACUCCUGGCCAGACUUAGGCCUCUUCUUCUAAUCCUAACACCACUCCACUCCUAAACACCCUAGGCACCUCUCUGUAAGAUGGAUGCCGUCUCCUUGGGCCUACCAUUUUUUAAGGCCUAAAAUAGGCCUGACUGGAAGUAGAUUCACUACAGAGGCCCUUGUUUUUAUUUAAUGUCUGGGGGGAAAUUGGCACAUUUGCUUCUCCCUUUUCUCUCUGUUUUACCCAUGUACAGGAGAGCAUUUGAGAGGAAGCUUCUGUGGGAGGACUGGGCAGAGUAGAUGCCCGUUCUUCCCCAGGCCAGGACUUCAUUGAUUUUAAUUACUGCAAACGUUUCUCCAUCCCUCUAUGGAAAUGCCCUGUUUCUCUAAAUCCUUGAGGUGUUGGAAUAUUUCCCCAAAGGAGAAGAGGGAUGACUGGGCUGAGUAGAAAAAGCUGGGAAGGGAGGAGGCUUUCCUGCCUUGGCAUCCCAUCCUGGUCACAACGGAGGGAGUGAAAGGCAGAGAGGGGAAUUGGUUCAGCAGAGACGAAUGUUGUGAAUACCUCCAUAUGUUUAAAUCUGGAUCUGAAGUAUCCAGAUCGGAGGCGGAUUCUUGGCUGAGUGGAGGAUUCAUUUGGGGAUACCAGGAAAUUUGGUAGCAGCAAAGUUUUGUGAAGAGAAAGGAGUUUUUUGGCUUCAUGUCUAAUCUCUUGCUGUUUCUUUCUUGACCAGGAACAUAAGGAUUUCAUGGCACUAUGUCAGGUGUGAUGACAAUCAAAGCAGCAUCUAGUGGACAUUGGGGAAUUUGGAAACCAAAGAAGCUGUAAGGAAAAGUGUCCUGUAUGAAAAAGACAUCCUCUCGAGGUCCUGAUCUUGCUGAACUGACUUUGGGAAAAGAAGAAAGGGAAUAAAAGACAGAAGUGUCCAUAUUGCAGUUAAAAAUACAUACCACUGUCAACAUGCAGGAGAAACCCUAUAAAUGCCUGGAGUGUGGAAAGAGCUUCAACCACAGCCAAACUCUGCUUUCACAUCAAAGGACUCACACUGGGGAGAAACCCUAUACAUGCCUGGAGUGUGGACAGAGCUUCACUCAGAGUUCAAAUCUACGUUCACAUCAAAGAACUCACACUGGGGAGAAACCCUUUAUUUGCCAGGAGUGUGGACAGAGCUUUGCUCAGAAUUCACAUCUACGUUCACAUCAACGAACUCACACUGGGGAGAAACCCUAUAAUUGCUUGGAGUGUGGAAAAAACUUCAGUGCCAGUGGAGAUCUACGUUCACAUCAACGAAUUCACACUGGGGAGAAACCCUAUGAAUGCCUGGAGUGUGGAAAGAGUUUCACUUUGAGGCAUCAUCUGCAGCAACAUGCAAGGAUCCACACUGGUGAGAAACCCUAUAAAUGCCUGGAAUGUGGAAAGAGCUUCAGUGAUAGUGGAAGUCUACAUAGACACCAACAAACUCACACUGGGGAGAAACCCUAUAAAUGCCUGGAGUGUGGAAAGAGCUUCGCUCAGCGUGGGGGUCUCCGGUCUCACCACAGAACUCACAUUGGGGAGAAACCCUAUAAAUGUCUGGAAUGUGGAAAGAACUUCACCCAGAGUGGAAAUCUACAUUCACAUCAAAGGACUCAUGCCGGGGAGAAACCCUAUACAUGCCUGGAAUGUGGACAGAGCUUCACUCAGAGUUCACAUCUACGUAGACAUCAGCAAACUCACAAUGGGGAGAAAUCUUGUACAUGCAUAGAGUGUGGAAAGAGCUUUACUGACAGUGGAAGAUUACAUUUACAUCAAAGGACACACACUGGGGAGAAACCCUAUAAAUGCCUGCAGUGUGGAAAGAGAUUUACUGACAGUGGAAAUUUAUGUUCACAUCAAAGGACUCACACUGGUGUGAAACCAUAUAAAUGCCUGGAGUGUGGAAAGAGCUUCACUCGGAGGGUUUAUCUGCAGCAACAUGAAAGGAUUCACACUGGUGAGAAACCCUAUAAAUGCCUGGUGUGUGGAAAAAACUUCACUGGCAGUGGAGAUCUAUGUAAACACCAAGAAAUUCACACUGGGGAAGAAACCCUAUAAAUGUCUGGAGUGUGGAAAGAGCUUCACUCAGCGUAUAAAUAACCACCAAAGAACUCACACUGGGGAGGAACCCUAUAAAUGCCAGGAGUGUAGAAAGAACUUCAGUGGCAGUGGAGAGCUACAUAGACACCAACAAACUCACUGGGGAGAAACCCUAUAGAUGCCUGGAGUGUGGAAAGAGCUUCAGUUGGAGGCAUUCUCUGCAGCGAAAGGAUUCACACUGGUGAGAAACCCUAUAAAUGCCUGGAAUGUGGAAAGAGCUUCUGUGAAAGUGGAAAUCUUCAAAAACAUAAUAGAACUUACACUGGGAUGCCUUGAGUGUGGAAAGCACUCACAUUCUAGUAAAAUGAUGCCAAGAGAGACUCUCUAAGAUGUACAAAGGCAACUCUACCAAAUGUAAAUGGAAGUAUAAUGUUGGAAAUUUAACAUCUUGUGGUGAUCUUGCAGAAAAGCCCAGAAAUAUUUGGCUCAAAUAGAUAAAUGUAGAAUAAUGGGAGGAACUUUGGAAGAAUAGAUUCUAAUCUACAAGAAGUUACUCUGUUAAAGAAAAUGUUUACAAAAUUAUCUAUAGAUGCUACAUAACUCCAAAAAAACUCCCCUCAAAGAUAAAUUUAAAAAAUUAAUUUAUGCUGGAGAUGUAAAGAAAUGGUUGAAACCUUUUAUCAUAUGUGCUGAAUUUGCCCAAAAGCUAAAGCAUUCUGGAUCAAAGUGCAUACCAACAUUGAAAACAAAAUAAAAAACUAAGUGUGA